AUGUCGGUAAACCAAAUCCCAAACCUCAACACCCUUCGACGAGGGGGUGGGGGUCUCAGAGCCCGUCUACGCGGUCGAGGUCGUGGAUCUGGAGGCUCUACAUCAGACGAUACACAAAGCCAAGCAGCGAAUAAUACUGCUGCGGCAAAGGAUAAGAUUAUCCAGGGCACUGAUAAUGAUGCUAGUGUCUCGAGAUUGAGUGCUGUGGAGUUGGGCUACUUGGAUGAUGUAUUUGCGCGAGCAUUGACGCCGUCAGGUGGAGGGCCGGGGUCGAGGAGGUUCCCGAUUAUCAAUAGAGGUACAUAUGUCCGAACCACAGCAAUUGACCAACUGGUCAAUUGCUUCCUGGAUGAAGAUGGGAAAUCACAACACGCCACCAAGAAGCAAAUAAUAUCUCUAGGAGCGGGUUCAGAUACGCGUCCGUUUCGAAUAUUCAGCAAGAAGCAACGCAGCCAACUCGUCUAUCAUGAACUUGAUUUUUCAGUAAAUACAUCGGCGAAGAUCAAGGCAAUACGUUCAUCGCCGCUGCUUCAAAGAGCCAUACAGGCCGAUACAGAAGCUCUAUCAACAGCCGGGAAUGAGCAGUAUAUCGCUGAUGAUUCUUUGCAUUUACCUAAUUACCAUAUACAUCCUAUCGAUUUACGGGCCCUUGCUGCUAAAUCCUCUGCGAGUACGGCGAAAUCUGCGAUGAAUGACUCACAACAGCCAACUGAAGACCACAACACCUCUACAGCGGAAACCAAAGAACUUCUCCCAGGAAUAGAUCCAACACUACCGACACUCCUCAUUUCCGAGUGCUGUCUCAUAUACCUAUCACCCGACGACGCAGAUGCCGUGAUUGACUACUUUUCGCAGACAAUUUUCCCACCAACAACCCCUCUAGGCCUAAUAAUAUAUGAGCCUAUUCGACCAGACGACCCAUUCGGAAAAACAAUGGUAUCAAAUCUCGCUGCAAGAGGAAUCCAAUUACAAACCCUGCACAAAUACGCAUCCCUACCGGCACAACGACAACGAUUUGCGCAUCAUAGAUUAGGAUCUGGUCAGGGAGCUGUAGAUAUCGAUUUUAUAUGGAAUUACUGGAUUAGUAAUGCUGAAAAGGAGCGGGUUGCGGCCUUGGAGAUGCUGGAUGAGAUUGAGGAGUGGAUUUUGUUGGCACAGCAUUAUUGUGUGGCUUGGGGAUGGCGGGGUGAUAUUGGCAAGGGAGAUUUUGCUUUGUGGAAGGGAAUUAGGAGCGAGUGA